CGGACCGCGGACAGCGGACAGUCGACAGCCGACAGCCUGCUGGCGUCCGUUCCGAGGGCGGACGCCUACUGCGCCCGCGUCCUACCAGACGGACCCCGCAUCUCCGAGCACAGCACCGCCCCUCACCCUGACCCAGAGGAAUCCAGACGGACAGGCGCCCCGUGUGCAGCAGGAGGACAGACAGAGCGUCCCUGCGCGGCCCCCGGCGCAGCCCUAGACCCCGACCGCCCGAGUCCGCGCAGCCCGCCAUGGGCUGGCUCCUGCCCGUCGCCCUCGGUUGCAUCAGCCUCCUGAGCCUCCCGCUGCCGGGCGCGCAGUCCCGGCGCCUGGGACCUCACCCGCUGCUGGCCCGGCCCAGGGAGCCCCCAGACCGGCCGCGCCCCCGAGACCUCGAGUCCCAGGCUGUGAAGAGCGUGAGGCCAGUGGUCCUUGUGACCCAGCCAAGGCCCCAUCUGGAGCCCGUCAUGGGGUCUCUCCCUCGACAGCCACACUCUCAUCGCCAUCUCCAUGGACGGCUUCGGGGCCAAAGGGGCAGGGGCAGGAGCAGGGCCAGGGGCAGGGGCCGGAGGCACACCCGGCGCCAUGGUGCCAAGCUCAUGAGAGUAGGCUGUGUUCUGAGUACCUGCCAGGUGCAGAAUCUCAGCCAUCGCCUGAGGCAGCUCAUGGGACAGUCAGGGAGGCAGGACUCGGCCCCCAUGAACCCCAAGAGUCCCCACAGUUAUGGCUGAGCAGCCAGCCCUGCCCCUACAGCCCCACCAAGGCCCCAGAGACCACCACGGGGAGCCUCUCCCUGGGUCCGAGUCCUACUGUGUGACCCUGGACAAGUCACUUUCCUCUCAGGUCAUGCAUACUGACACAGUUCACCUCAGUGGGGUGUGGGGAGGACGUGCUUCGGCAAUCUUAAAACCCGAGAGAAAUGGGAAUUUUUGUAAAUUGUUCUUUGUUAGUAGCACUGUCCAGAUUCCGCCCUGUACCAGCCCAAGAUCUCCCCCACAUCGUCCUCGGAUUGGACACCGCUGUGGGGGGGCCUUAAAAGUCUUUGAGUUCAGCCCUCAUUUUAUAGAUGGGGAGACUGAGGCCCAAUCUCUGGAACCCUCGCAGGGGCCAAAGAGUUCCUCUAACCGAGGCUCAGAUGCCCAGCGUCCCCUCACUCUGGGAAGAUACUCCUUGACUUGCCCUUGCUCUCGAAGACAGGACAGUUCCCUCCUGGUGAGGGGAGAUGCCCAGGUUUCGCCAGCUCCCCUAACCUUUAGGAGAUAUCCAGAACCUUCUCGUCUGGGAGGAAUCCAACCUCCGGCGAUAUAGCCAGGGUCUCCUAGUUCUGGGGAAGAUGCUCAGCCCCUCUCAAACACCUGACACCUGAAGGAGGUAAUCAGGGCCCCCCUAAACCCAGGAGGCUGCCUCAGGGUGUGCCCAGGACCCCAGCCCCAUCCCAGGACCCCUUGAUUCUAAGAAGAUGGCCAGGAAGCCCCUCACCUCCCCGGGGGGGGGGGGAGCAAGAGGUACCUACGGCUCCCAUGGCACCCUGGGCUGUAACCAAGGACUUCUGGAGCCCAGUGGGGCUUUCAUUUGCUUGACCAGCAUUCCCAGAUGCUUCCGGGUCCCUCCUGCCUCGUUGGGGAUGUGGUUGGAGCAUGGGACUCCUGGGGAGACAUAAAUUAUUCUCUGUAGAUGUCUACCUGCUCAACUAAAGCUUCCUUUGUGCAUUCA